AGUGACCCUAGGCCUCUUCCAGGAGAGUCCCUGGUCCCAGCCAGCGGGAGCGGCUUCUCCAGUUUGUGGCUCUCGGAGAGUUCGCCUCGUCCCUCCCUCUCAGAUAACCACCUAUUUCUGACCUCUGGAGGCCGGGCUGAGCCCGGAAUUUUAUGACCAGCGCCCGCUGGCCGUCGUCACCCUCUAAUUUCUCGCAAAACUCCCGGGGACCCUUCUUAAUGUCAGUAGCCACAGUCGCCGCCGCUCCUGCGCCUAGAAGCCUUCCACGACCCUCAACCCCACAGAGCCCCGAGCUGGCUCGGGUUCCCGCAGGAUACACUGCCCGCCCAGUGGCCUGGAGGGCGCGUCCCGGGCUCCCCUACGCCUUUUGGAAUCAGCGACAGACGCCGGUAUAAAAGAGAGCCUCCACUCCCACCUCUCCAGGGCUCCCCACCCGCUCCUUCUGGCCGCUUUCUCCUGAAAGAGCAAGGCACCCCUAGAAGCUUCAGGCUCCUCCACAGGCGAGUGCCUACCCACCUAUCAGGAACCCCAGCAUGUUAAUUGAACUUGAUCACCCAGUUGAAGGCAGAAUAAUAGUAGAUGUUGGAUCUUCAGGAAGCUGAAGAGGGCAGUGCCCAGAAAUACCUGUCUUGAUAGGGGGAUUUGAGCUGAACCAAAGCAUCAACACCAGUCAGACUGUUUCCGAAGAACUAGAGUUUUCUGGGUCAGCAAUGGAAAGCCUCAGAGGGAAUACUGCUCAGGGUCCUACAAAUGAAGAAGACUAUAAAAAUGAAGGCCAAUUAUCAAGGCAAACAAAAUGUCCUGCACAGAAGAAAUCCUCUUUUGAGAACACAGUAGUCAGAAAAGUGUCAGUGACACUCAAAGAAAUUUUCACAGGGGAGGAAGGCCCUGAAUCCAGUGAAUUUAGUCUAAGCCCAAACCUUGACGCACAACAGAAAAUUCCAAAGGGAGAUGGAUCCCCAAUAUCUAGGAAAAACUCCAAAGAUAAUUCAGACUUAAUUAAACACCAGAGACUUUUCUCACAAAGAAAACCUUGUAAAUGCAAUGAAUGUGAAAAAGCCUUUAGUUACCAAUCAGACCUUCUUGUACACAGUAGAAUUCAUGGUGGAGAAAAGCCUUUUGAAUGCAACAAAUGUGGGAAAUCUUUCAGCCGAAGUACACACCUUAUUGAACAUCAAAGAACUCACACUGGAGAGAAACCUUAUGAAUGCAAUGAAUGUGGAAAAGCUUUUAGCCGGAGCACACAUCUUAGUCUACAUCAGAGAAUCCAUACUGGAGAAAAACCAUAUGAAUGUAGUGAAUGUGGAAAAGCCUUUAGCCGAAGCACUAACCUUAGUCAGCAUCAGCGAACUCAUACUCAAGAAAGGCCUUACAAAUGUAAUGAAUGUGGGAAAGCCUUCGGUGACCGUUCAACCAUAAUUCAGCAUCAACGAAUACACACUGGAGAGAAUCCCUAUGAAUGCAGUAAAUGUGGAAAAGCUUUCACUUGGAUCUCAUCGCUUAUUGAACAUCAGAGAACACACACUGGGGAGAACCCCUAUGAGUGCAGUGAAUGUGGGAAAGUGUUCAGUCGAAGCUCGUCUCUUACAGAACAUCAGAGAAUCCACAGUGGAGAAAAGCCUCACGAGUGUAGAGUGUGUGGAAAGGGCUUCAGUCGAGGCUCAUCCCUUAUUAUUCAUCAGAGAACUCAUACCGGGGAGAAGCCAUACAAAUGUAAUGACUGUGGAAAAGCCUUCUGUCAGAGUUCAACUCUGAUCAGACAUCAGCACCUUCAUACUAAAGAGUAAUAUCUGAGCUUUUAUUAAUGUUAGCAUAAGAACACAUAUACCUAACCUCCCACCACUGAAAUACAUAUAUUUCAAGUAUAUAUAUACUUGUUCUAAUUUUCUUUUAUUAGAUACCUAUACCUGUUUUAAGCUUUCAUUCGUUCUUUCCAUCCAUCUAUCCUUCUUUCCUCUCCCCUCCCUUCUUCCCUCCUUCCCUCCUUCCUACUUUUUCUCCCUCUCCCUGUUCUUUCUUUCUCUUUUCUCAAAUAAGUUCACAAUAAAACAAAGGGAUGACUCAAAAAACAUAACAUAUGAAAUCUAAUAUUCUGAAGGGCUCCAACUUUAGAGUAUAAAGCUAUCUGACACCUUGUAGUUUCUCUGCUAAUCUAUUCCUUCAAGCGUGGGUCCCCGAACCACCAGGUUCUCCUCUGUUUUCUAACCACAUCAGCCCCUGCACAUGAAGAGAAAAUCCUGUGUGUGUGUCUUCAUACUUUCUGGCUCUAGUACCAGAAGAGAGGGAUCUGGCUUCAGAGCAGGACUGAAAACUUCUCACCAGUCUGGGGAUAAUAGUGUUGAGGCAAAUUCAUUCUCUUGACUUGCAAAAACAGAUUUUUCUCAUCUUCCUCCUUCUCUCACCUUUUUUGCAGUAGCAUUUUUCCUCAAAGUAUAACUCAUUUUUUUACUAAUGCUUAACUAAUCCUAGUGUUAUUUUAUCAUAUUUUUACCAAGAAUGUUCUAAAAAUCUUGGAGACGUUCCUCCAUGAUCUUGGGAAAAAAAGUUGCCAAAUGCUGUGCUGUUUUUUUUGUUUGUUUUUAAUUUUCUUUCAUUUACAGAUUUCAUGAAACUUAUAUUCUGUGGCUUUGACCCUCACCAAUCUUGGAAGAUUGAUCUCUCAAGGACAAACCCAGUGCCUAUUUCUCAGUCCUUUUUCUACUUGACAUUUGCAGAAUUGGCACUUUUUGCCACUGUUAUGCCUUAAAUCUUGAGCUUCUUUCUUUCAGGAUCCAUGAUUCUGUGCUGAUCUACACUUUUCCUACCUCUCAGCAUUUCUUUGAUUGUCAAUGAUCAGCUCUGUGAUUUGGGGCAAGGGUUAGGCCAGAAUAAUCUCAUUUUAUCAAGUUAUAAAACUUGAGGUAGUGCAACUAGAUUAUACACUUCUUGAAGACAGAAAUCUUGGUUUGUUUGUUGUUUUAUUUUUGAGAGAAGGUCUUGCUGUGUUGCCCAGGCUGGAGUGCAAUGGCACAAUCAUAGCUCACUGUAGCCUUGAACUCCUGGGCUCCUGCCACAGCCUCCUGAGUAGCUAGGGCUGCAAGUGUGUACCACCACACCCACAAUUUUAAAGUUUUUUUGUGGAGACAGGAUCUCACUAUAUUGGCAAGGCUGGCCUCCAUCUCCUGAACUCAAACAAUUCUCCCACCUCGGCUUCCGAAAACACUGACAUUACAGGUAUGAGCCACCACACCUGCCAGAAAUCUUGUUUUUGAUUGAUAUAAAACAUCACAAAGUACUGAGUAGACACUAAAUGCUCUGUAAUUAUUGCUCACUGAUUCCUCUUUAUCUGUAAUCAAUCAACUUGACUUUAUUUGAUAUGGAUUAAUAAUUGAUUUCUUUCUCUCUUUCUACUGCUGCUUCCAAGUUCUUGGUACCUUGUGCCUAGAUUACUAAAUUGAUCACUGUUGACUCACUACCAUUAUCUAGCUCCUUACUAAACUACUACUUUGUUAAAAAAAAAAUAGUCAUUUCCCAGUGACCUCUGCCCCAAAUGUAAACUUCUUUAACCUAAAGGUCUUUCAUAGUUUGAUCUACUUAUUUACUUCCUUUCUCUUCUCAAAGAUAAUACAUGCGGGCAGGCCUGUUUUGUCCCUACUAUACCCUCUUCUCACACUUUUCUUCUUUUCAAACUGUUCCUUGGCACUUCUACAUGUCCUACUUUCUUCAUUGUAUUCCAGAAACCCUAUCCACCCUUUUUUAAAGGCCACGCUCAUAUCCUGACUCUGUGACACUUUCAGUCCCCUGCCUUCUUAGAAAUCCUUUGUAGUGAUGGUUUGCAUUAUUCUCCUGUAUUAGACACCUUCUUUACUGUUUUCUGGUUCUUUCACAAGUACUUUUUUACAUAAGCUGUUUUGAAGUUGUAAAUCAUCCUAAAUCUUUUAUAAGCCUCAUAUAAUACAUAGUACAAUGCCAGCCUGGACUCUAGUUUUAAUCUAAAUACAUAGGGUUUAAUUUAGCAGCAUAAUCUUUUUAGUCUUUUGAAUGAUGAGGUAACCUCAUAGGUAUUUUGGCCCAUUUUGCUUUUCCUUGAAUUACAUAUAUAACUGACUAUUUAGACUGACUCCUUUAGAUCUCCUGGGAUGCUGACCUCUUGGCUUUCCAAUUCAUGAGACUAUUGUAAAGAAUAAGUGAGUUCAUUCAUGUAAAGUAGUAAAACAGUGCCUGACAUAAAGUAAAUGCUCAAUAAAUUCUAAUUGUUAUGAUUCUAGUGAUUCA